AGUUCUUCACAGUAAUUACAAGAUGAAGCUCCCUAUUCUUGUUGUGGCGUCUUUGGCGCUCAUGGCUGUCGUGGCUGCAGAGCCUGAAGCUGAAGCCCAUCAUGGAUACGGCGGAUACCGUGGAGGAUACGGCGGUGGAUACGGACGUGGUUACGGUGGCUACGGAUACGGUCGCAAGAAGCGCUCUGCUGAAGCUCUAGCUGAAGCUUCUCCCGAAGCUGAAGCCCAUCAUGGAUACGGAGGCUACCGUGGAGGAUACGGUGGUGGAUACGGGGGAGGAUACGGGUAUGGGGGAUACGGAGGCUAUGGAUACGGCCGAAAGAAGCGCUCUGCUGAAGCUUCUCCUGAAGCCGAAGCACAUCAUGGAUACGGAGGAUACCGUGGAGGAUACGGUGGUGGAUACGGGCAUCGUGGUUACGGUGGCUAUGGAUACGGCAGGCGUUCGGCCUUGAGUGUGAGGGCGCGAGGGCUGCGCCUAAUGCCGCGUCCUCCAAGGAGCCGCCACUGCGGCGUUUGUCCUCCAAGUGAAGGAGGCGGACCCCGCGCUGGACUAUUUAAGGGCUGCACUUCAGCGCUGAAGUACCACAUCCUCUCGCUCCUGCCAAGCAUAAGCAAGAUGAAGCUCCCGAUUCUCGCCGUCGCGCUCCUUGCGCUCGUCGCCGUCGCCUUCGCUGAACCCGAACCCCAACCCUGGGGAGGAUACGGAGGAUUCGGUGGCAUCAGAGUAGUACGUGUUGGUGGAUUUGGUGGUGGAUAUGGUGGUGGAUAUGGUGGCUACGGAUAUGGCCGCAAGAAGCGAUCUGCUGAACCUGAAGCCCUGGCUGAAGCUUCCCCCGAGCCUGAAGCUGAGCCAUGGGGAGGCUAUGGUGGAUUUGGUGGCUUCCGUGGUGGAUUUGGUGGUUUUGGAGGCGGAUUUGGUGGCUUUAGAGGUGGAUAUGGAGGCUAUGGAUACGGCCGCAAGAAGCGCUCUGCUGACCCCGAACCCGAACCUCAACCAUGGGGAGGAUAUGGAGGAUUCGGUGGCUUCCGCGGUGGAUUUGGUGGUUUCAGAGGCGGAUUUGGUGGAUUCAGAGGCGGAUUCGGCGGAGGCUACGGUGGAUAUGGUUACGGAAAUUUGAACCCAAUAUCUCGUAUGCCCCUACCUAAGUAUGGAGCGGAAGAUAACGUACAGGUUUGCCUCAUAACAAAGUUCUUAACAUAUGGAACAGGAAAGUUGCGUUUAGCCUUGCUUCUCAUGCCUGAAGCUGAAGCCCAUCAUGGAUACGGAGGCUACCGUGGAGGAUACGGGGUGGAUACGGGGGAGGAUACGGGAAUGGGGGAUACGAAGGCUAUGGAUGCGGCCGCAAAAAGCGCUCUGCUGAAGCUUCUCCUGAAGCCGAUGCACAUCGUGGAUACGGAGGAUACCUUGGUGGAUACGGUGGUGGAUACGGACACCGUGGUUACGGUGGCUAUGGAUACGGCAGGUAGAGGGGUUCCGUUGAAGCUGAUGCUCGGCAUGGCUAAGGAAAAUAAUGAUGAGGAUACAAAAGAUAAUUCGGUUACCGAGUACAAGAAGCGUUCGGCCUUGAGUGUGAGGGCGCGAAUUAAGGCUGCUUGCUCCUCGCCGCGACCUCCGAGGCGCCGCCCCUUCGGUGUUUGUCCUCCAAGUGAAGGAGGCGGACGCCGCGCUGGACUAUUUAAGGGCUGCACUUCAGCGCUGAAGCAUCACAUCCUCUCGCUCCUGCCAAGCAUAAGCAAGAUGAAGCUCCCGCUCUUCGCCGUCGCGCUCCUUGCGCUCGUCGCCGUCGCCUUCGCUGAACCCGAACCUCAACCCUGGGGAGGAUACGGAGGAUUCGGUGGCAUCAGAGUAGUACGUGUUGGUGGAUUUGGUGGUGGAUAUGGUGGCUACGGAUAUGGCCGCAAGAAGCGAUCUGCUGAACCUGAAGCCCUGGCUGAAGCUUCCCCCGAGCCUGAAGCUGAGCCAUGGGGGGGCUAUGGUGGAUUCGGUGGCUUCCGUGGUGGAUUUGGUGGUUUUGGAGGUGGAUUUGGUGGCUUUAGAGGGGGAUAUGGAGGCUAUGGAUACGGCCGCAAGAAGCGCUCAGCUGACCCCGAGCCCGCACCUCAGCCAUGGGGAGGAUAUGGAGGAUUCGGUGGUGGAUUUGGUGGCUUUAGAGGUGGAUAUGGAGGCUAUGGAUACGGCCGCAAGAAGCGCUCUGCUGACCCCGAACCUCAACCAUGGGGUGGAUAUGGAGGAUUCGGUGGCUUCCGCGGUGGAUUUGGGGGUUUCAGAGGCGGAUUCGGUAGAGGAUUUGGAGGAUAUGGCUACGGAAAGCAAUUAGUUCUUCUGAGGGAGUCCCUCGGCCUGCGCGUUGCCACGAGGCCGCUCAUUGUCCUUCGUUUGAGUCUGGCGAUCUUCGCCGUCGCGCUCCUUGCGCUCGUCGCCGUCGCCUUCGCUGAACCCGAACCCCAACCCUGGGGAGGCUACGGGGGAUUCGGUGGUAUAAGAGUAGUACGUGUUGGUGGAUUUGGUGGUGGAUAUGGUGGCGGAUAUGGUGGCUACGGAUAUGGCCGCAAGAAGCGAUCUGCUGAACCUGAAGCCCUGGCUGAAGCUUCCCCCGAGCCUGAAGCUGAGCCAUGGGGAGGCUAUGGUGGAUUUGGUGGCUUCCGUGGUGGAUUUGGUGGCUUUGGAGGUGGAUUUGGUGGCUUUAGAGGUGGAUAUGGGGGCUAUGGAUACGGCCGCAAGAAGCGCUCUGCUGACCCGGAGCCCGCACCUCAACCAUGGGGAGGAUAUGGAGGAUUCGGUGGCUUCCGCGGUGGAUUUGGUGGUUUCAGAGGUGGAUUCGGCGGAGGAUAUGGAGGCUAUGGUUACGGAAAGUAACUGAAAUUUCGUGCAUCAUAAAUUGAAUUAUUCAUCUCUCAUCAGUACCAAAUAAAUAAAUAUUACUUCUA